CUAGCCACUGUAAAACAAUUUCUUUGCGCUCUAUUUUUGUGAUUUCGUUACGUUUCUGUUGUUUAGUGGUGUAUGAUUGAUAAUAAUCUAGCCACUCAGCUGUAAUAAUUCUGCUGAACUCAAGUAGGAUGAGCACACACAUCUUCCACGCAGAACGUGAUGCGGAUCGCUCGGGAAGCGAAAUAUCAACUACGGAUAGCUUUAUUCAAGAAUUCCAGGAAUUUGAAGCACAAGUCUAUUCUGGUGCAUUGUUCGAACAAAAGUGUGGAACUAGUACUCCAAAUGAAAACAUUAAUUCUUUACCACGUCAGGCAAAUAAUAUUCCCACGAUGAGACUUGAGCCAUGUUCACGAGAAACGUCUGCUAAUCAACAUCUAGGGAAGCACGAUGCAAAUAAACUUGUCAAACCCCCUGACUCUUCCCAUAGCCAAUCCACCAUUUCAAAAAACUCGGAGGUGAAGAAAAGUAGCACAUCUACUAUACCAUCUCGGCAAAAUCUUCCAUCACGUUUGGAAUUCCCUGCUUUAAAGUCAGCUGCCAACACAACGACAACAACUGACAGACACCAUCUGUCGAGUUCUGACUUUAUCAAAGCCAAAUUUUCCGGAAGCAAUCUGUAUUUUGUCCCAAAUUUAUUGUCAACAUCGGAUAUUGUAGGAAGCAAUCAAAAUUUCUAUUUAACAACACCUAUCUCUGACCCACAUUUAUCUGUACAAUCAAAUUCGUCAUCCAAUCAAAUGAAUAACACAAGAUCAUGCAAUGAAAAUGGAGUAGAGGUCGAGGUAAAAAGUUUAGCUUCAUUAUCCCCAUCGAACAACAAUUUAAAUUUAUCUCACCAAAUAAAUAAAAUAAAUUUGGAUUCAGUUGCAUCAUACGCACUUGAAGAUCCCAUUCAAACGCAUGAUCAAGUUGUAGCUAAAAUGGCUGCAGAGGGAGUAGUUUGGAUACCUUCUAACGCAAGUCAUUCCACUACUAAUACCACAGCUGCUGAAAAGACGAAUGUUCGUCAGCCGAUGUUACAAAAAACUGAUCAGUUGAGAUGGUAUUCCGAGGAAAUUGAAGAGGAGAAAGUAAAUAAAUGUUCUGUUGUAAGACGUAAUUCAGUCUCUGAAUCUUACCAUUCAAUGAAACAGAAUUCUUCCACUGUCCAUAAUGAUCCUACAAGAGACAAUGAUGUCAAUCAAAGUCAUAGUGAAACUGCACAGUCUCCAAACGUGCCCUGUCAUUCGGUGUCGAACUCUUCAAAUUCUAAUUUUACAAAUUCACAAAUUGGUAUAUCAGAAUCCUCUUUAAAACAAGUUGAAUUAGAGGCAAAAUUAGAAGAAGCUAUGACUAUUCGUAAACAACAAGAUGAUUAUAUAAAACAAUUACAGAUGUACUAUGACAAUUUAUUAACUAAACAUGCUCUAGCCGAAGUUACCAUAGAUCAAUUACGUAUGGGAAUACGCGUUGGGAUUGAUGCAAGCAAAGCUUCUGAUACACCAGCUCAUCAUCAUACAUCAAAUAAACCAAGAUCUCAUAGUAUGCAAACAAUUCAUUAUAAUAUUAGUAAUAGGCAUGUGUCCGAUGACAGUUAUUCUCAAACCGAUGGUGGUUAUCAUGAGACCAGAAAUGAUUCUAGCGGCAAUAAUGUACAUUAUUUGUCAACACCUUUAUUAGAACAGCAGAGAAAUCGAUUAAGAAGAAAUGCAUCAACACAUGAUGCAAGAAUCUUAUCAACAACCACUGAUAGUUGGGAAACUGAACUGGGUAGUAUAAGUAAUUCUGGUCAAAUCGGUCGUCGAAAUGAUACACCUGACAUGAAUAAUUAUAAUGAUAAACAAUCUGUUUGUUAUAGUCCAGAUCGUCGUACCAUAGAAAGUGGCAAUGCUUGUAUAUCGGGUCAAAAUCACUUCAGAAAAACUUCAGAGCCUUCGCGAUCUCCUAGUAAUGAUCUUUGUUCUCGAUUUCAUGAUGACUCUAUGAAAACUCCCAUUAACUGGAGAAGAAAUACAAUAGUGAAUUCAUGCUAUGCUGGACACCAAGAACAGCAACAACAACAACAACAACAAACUCAGAUUGAUUUACCGUCGUCAUUGAGCAGAAUUUACAAAUCUUCAGUUCCGGAAUCACAUAAUGGAUGUAAUGAAAAUGAAGUGAUUAUCAAUGAAGAAGAGUUGGAGAAUAGAGUCACCAAUGUAAGCCAUCAUCAUUCUCAUCAUAGUAAUAACCAUGGAAAACAGCCAAACUGUUCAAAAGAUUCGAAAGAUGUGAUUGAACACUUACAGAAAACCGUUUCUACUGUUACUGCACCAUCGGUCAACGUUACGUCCAAUUUAAAUAAUGAUAUGGUUUGUGGUCCUGAAGCUGUUCAAAUGGAAUUGCUUCUACGUGUUGCUGAUUUACAAACACGUUUAUCUACAAUGGAACUGUAUUCAACUGAAAAUCGAUUUAUUCCAGAAUCAGAUUUAGUCACAAUGCAAUUGGAUUAUAAAAGAUUGAAAAAUUAUUAUGAUUUAGCGAAAAUUCGUUGGACUCAAGAUUCUCAGUUCGAUGCUAAUAAAGUGUUGAUCGACGAGUUUAAUGAUAUGGGUAGUCAGUUAGAUAAAUUAGAAAGUUAUAUAUUGAAUAAUAGCGAAAGAAUUUCAUCUCCAUCAUGUUCGAAUGCUUCAUCACCUGGAGCACUUCGGACACCACCACCACCAGCUUCCAUGUCUAUUUCCGAUCUACCAGUAAAUUGGAAAGAUUUAAAUAUGUUAAAGCAAUCUGGUCAAACAGCUUCAGGUGAACAUAAUAAUAAACCUGUUAAAAACACAGAAGAUAAUGGUGUCCUAUCAUCUCCAUCUUCUUUACCUAGUCGUGUAGAUCAUGGUCGACUAUCCUCUGUUUCUCCAUUACAUUCUCCAAUUGUUGAAGAUUCGUUAUCGGAACUUGAAAGUGUGUAUUUUGAAUUGAUGCAGCAUUACAAUAAGAUAAAGCAACUGCCAAUGACCACUUUACGAGCUGAACAAUUGUACAAUCUAAUGAAGCGUUUAUAUGAUUUAGCAUUGACUGCUGACAAUCGUUCCAGUAUUAUUGCAUCACCAAAUGAAUUAGAACGUAUUUUUCAAUUAGAUGGUGAUACUAGAAAAUUAAGUGAGAAUUUAGAACGUGCAAUUGCUUUACAAGAACAACUAUGCUACUAUCAAAGUUUUCAUGGCUGUGAAUCGAAUGCAUCAUCACACAAAGAGGUUGUUCCACAGACAAAUGAAACAAAUGACAGCAAAGUUGAUUUACUUAAAGAUAAUUGUACGAAUAAAUUAUCAUCGUCUGUUUCAUUGUCAUCGUAUUCCAGAGGUCAUGAUGUACAAAAUAAUAAAAAGAAUUCUACUAAUUCACAAUCAUUUACUUCAUCGGACACGUCAUCCAAUCAGGAUAGUGGUCUUUCGACACCACCUGAAAGUUCUGAUGGUGGUAUGAUGAGGCAUGAUGAACCUGAUCGUCGUCAUCAUCAUCAUCAGCAUUAUUUCCCACCUUCUCAUCAGACUUUAAAACAUGAAACAUUGUCUACUAAUAGUAAUUCACAAACAGACAAUUCAUCUAAUACACCAAAACAUAGUAAUUCUGACAGUGGUUUAGUAAUGCAUCCUCAAACAAUUCAUUCAUCUAUACAAUCUAUGAAUCAUGAACAUAGUAAAUCACCCAGUAACACAUCGUCAGUUGAAUUAAAGCACUCAGUCUGUGGUAAUGAUAAGCAGGAUGGAAUGAAAGUAGUGAAGAAGAAAUCGCCUGUUUCUUAUUCUUCAACACAGUCGUCUAGUUCAAUUACUAAACAACGAAUAGAUGAUAUUGAAAAUAGUGUACGUUUAUUGAAGAAGAAUCUUGAAGAUCUAUGUUUGAAAGGUGAAAAUGGUACACCAAAUGGUUAUGUGGAAAAUGGGAUACCUGUCAUGAAUCGAAAAUCAUGUCAAUUUGUUUCACCUACAUUCGAUUCACGUAGUAAUCUUCCUUCAUCAGGUGUGAAUAAUUUGGAUGUUUUUGGUUUUCCACAUCUUGCUACUAGCAGUCCUAUUUUGAACAGCAACAAUAAAAGUGGUGGUGUUUAUGUAUCAUCUGGACAAGCGAACACAUCAUCAUUAUCUAUGCAGGAUGUUUGCGAACAGAACCUUGUGGAAAACUCGAAUUGCACAAGAACAAUACUUCCACCUGGUCGAAUGUAUCAUAGAACACUAGAUCGAAGGUUAAUAAUGCAUGGUCAAGAAAAUGAUAGCAAUUAUUCAUUGUGUUCUGUGAAACCUCAACUAAAAAACAAUCAAGAAUAUGUGCAAUCAAAAUCGAAUCAAUCUAUCACACGUACUUUGUUUAAUAAUAAUAAUACUAAUAAUAAUAAUAAUUCACGUAAAAUUUUACAUCGUGUUAAUGAUUCCAGAGAUUUGAAUUGUUGUCGAAAGGUUAAUUCUUCACAAUGCAACAAUGAUACAAUUCGUUGUUCAAGUAUGUUUUUGAUAAUUGAUAAUUUCUUUACUUAA